AUGUCUUCCCUCGCCGCUACUCUCGGUCUCCGAGCUCUUCCUUCGCCUUAUUCAACCCCAAACUUCGCUCCCGCAUAUCUCAGUUUCCAUUUCGUAUUUGCCUAUUGCGUUCUGGCCCCACGACAUCUCAAACAGAUAUAUGGAAUCGACCAUAAUGUUUCGCCAAGGGAAGACUUGAGCCGCUACGGGGAUGCAGCUGUGAAAUCAGGCAAGAUUUCACAGGGAUUAUUGAACAUGAUGCGACGUAACGAGUCUACACAAGCCAACUCAGUCGAAAAUUACAUUCUGUUUGUCGGUGCUAUGAGCUUUGCUUCCUUUGCGGGAGUCAAGCGGGAGUCAAUCAAUCGUGCUGGCCUAGUGUACACUAUUUCACGAGUCGUCUACGGCAGUGUAUACAUCUUGGUCGAUCAACCGGCUUGGAGCUUCCUGAGGAGUGCUGCGUGGUGGGGUGGUAACAUUAGCUGUCUUUGGUUGAUGCGUAAAGCGGGCAAGAAGUUAGGUGCCUAG